AUGUCUAAACGCGGCGACCUCGGCCGCGUCGUCGUCAUCGGCGGCAACGGCUUCCUCGGCCACCACAUCAUCAACCUCGCCCUCACCCAAUGGACCACCACGUCCAUCACAUCCAUCGACCUGCGCUGCCAGAACAACCGCAACCCCUCCGCCGCCUACCACGAAUGCGACAUCACCAACUCGGACCGCCUGCAAUCUCUCCUCGAGGAUCUCAAGCCCGACGUCGUCAUCCACACCGCCUCCCCCACGCAAGGCGGCGAGACCACCAACGCAAAAGAACUCUUCAAAAAGGUCAACGUCGACGGCACCCAGUCCGUCGUACAGGCCUGUCAAGCCGCCAAUGUCAAGGCUUUGGUGUACACGAGCUCCGCGAGCGUCAUCAGCGACAACGCGGCCGCCGAAGAAAUCGUCCUCGCGGCAAACCGCUCCCCCAAGCUCCUCACCACCUCCCUCCGCCCAGCAGGCAUAUUCGGCGAAGGCGACGUCCAAACCCUCCACGGCUUCAUCAAGGCCUACCGCACCAACAAGUCGCACGUCCAGCUCGGCGACAACACCAACCUCUUCGACUUCACCUACGUAGGCAACGUCGCCCACGCGCACCUCCUCGCCGCCAAGGCCCUCCUCCUCACCGCAUCGUCCACCACCCAGCCGCUCGACCACGAAAAAGUCGACGGUGAAGUCUUCAUCAUCACAAACGACUCGCCCUGCUACUUUUGGGAUUUCGCCCGCGCCGUGUGGAAGGCCGCGGGGAAUACUGCCGGCACAAAGGGUGUGUGGGAGUUUGGCAAGGGCACGAGCCUCAUGCUGGGUACGCUGAGCGAAAUCUUCUUCAGUAUCAUUCGGAAACCGCCUACGUUUACUAAAGUGAGGGCUACGAUGGCCACCAUGACGAGGUAUUAUAACAUUACAAAGGCGAAGAGUGUGUUGAGGUAUGAGCCGUUGUGGACGCUGCAGGAGGGUGUGGAUAGGGGUGUGGCCUGGUUUUUGGAGCAGGAGAGGAAGGCUUGA